AUCAGCUGCAUUGUCGGCGCAAGGCCUCUGGACCACCACUCUCCUUACUUUCAUACUCCCAACAUACCGAACCUCAUCGUUUCUCGCGACAGCAAAAGUUACGCCAAGAUGGCCCUCCCAAAGCGCAUCGUGAAGGAAACAGAACGCCUGAUGGCUGAACCAGUCCCCGGAAUCAGUGCCGUGCCUCAUGAAGACAACCUGCGGUACUUUGACGUCGAGAUCCACGGCCCCGCAUCCUCACCAUACGAAGGCGGCAUUUUCAAGCUGGAGCUUUUCCUCCCAGACGACUAUCCCAUGACUCCUCCCAAGAUUCGAUUCCUCACCAAGAUCUUUCACCCAAACGUUGACAAGCUGGGUCGCAUUUGUCUAGAUGUGCUUAAGAAUAACUGGUCGCCUGCCCUGCAGAUUCGGACGAUCCUGCUUUCCAUCCAGGCCCUUCUCGGCGCUCCCAACCCCGACGAUCCUCUCGCUCCCGACGUCGCUAAGAGCUGGAAAGAAGACGAAGCUGCUGCCAUUGCGACGGCGAAAGAGUGGACCCAGAAGUAUGCAAAGGCAUAGAUAAGAAUAGAAAAAAGCAAAAACGAAAAGCGAGCAAAAAAAAAAAAAAAAAAGACGAGAGAUAUAUACGUGUC